GGCCCGUUUGAGGCGGGUGGCUUAUGCCCUUGUGAAUACUAGUGUUCUUUAUUUUUUUAAUUUGUUUAAAAGUGUUUGAUAUAUCAUUGAAUGUCACAGUAAUUGGUAACUACGGCAUUAUAUACGUUAUACGUAAUUUGGCGAAAGUAUCAAGAACCCCGUGAAAUUUGCGGUGGCGUACAAGCUGCUGGCCAGCUCGAUCAGAAGGCUCGUAAAUUUUGGACACCUUAGACAAAUCGGAAGAGUUACUGUGAAAAGAUAAUUUGUGUUGCAGUGGUUAAUGUGUAGGUUCCGUGCGCCUUACAGUGUAAUUUUUUGUUGUUGCAAAUCAGCUUGACAGCUGACAGAUCCAGCAGUGUGAAUAAGUCAACCGUCUGUUCGAUCAACAAUUAGUACCUCUGAAUUUCUUUGGUGACAGGGUAACCACUCCGACUAACUGAGUGAUUUUGUUCGUACAACUGAUUCCAUCAAGGACUUCUUUAUUGGUGUCUUUAUCACGUUUGGGGCGCCAUGGAGCGUGAAUCUAACCCUAUGCAGGCCUUGUGCCGAUCAGGAUGUGGUUUCUACGGCAGUCCGGCUACAGAUGGUCUCUGCUCGCUUUGCUUCAAAGAAAACCUAAAGAAGAAACAGCAGCUACCAACAACACCUACAUCUCUGAGCGCUCUUAGAGAGACGGCGACAGCGCACCAUACCAUUAGUCAUCUUCCAUCCUCACCCGUUAGUGAUCUUCCUAUUGAAGCCGCCGAAGAGUGCUCGAGUCAGACGCAGGCAGCACAGCAGGCCGUCAGCGCCGCCGAAAACAUCGCCGCCGCCGCCGUAGCCGCAGCAGCGGCCGCCGCCGCAGCGUCCGCGGUGACCGACGCAGGGUGCGACGACAAAGAUAGCGACAAGGACGCCAAGAAGAAGAAGAACCGAUGUGCCACCUGCCGCAAGAAGGUCGGGUUGACAGGAUUUGAGUGCCGCUGCGGAGGACUGUUCUGCGCGAUCCAUCGGUACAGUGACAAGCACGACUGUAGUUUUAACUACCGAGAGAUGGGAGCUCAGGAAAUUAGACGUAACAAUCCCGUGGUCGUUGGUGAAAAGAUUCAGAAAAUCUGAACCCCGCCACAAGUGUGCCAUGCACCUAAAACAAAGUGAUUACGGACGCUGACCAAUUUGGGUGCUAUCUAGUGUAAAAGACUCAAGUGAAUAAAUAUUCAACCAAGCUGUCGCUGGGUACUGCGACGAGCCCAGUGGCACAGUACUUUAUUACAACAAUUGCCACUCAAAUUCUAUUCUUUCAUUUAGUUUUAUUUCAGUUAAUAAAUUUAUAGGUAUAUAUGUCAUUUUAGCUUCUUUGUUGAUUGUGUAUAUAGUCGAUUUAUUAUUUACCGUGAGCCGGGGGGCGUCCUAUAUAGCGUCCCGGCACUUGCAAUCUAAUCUAAUACAGGAGUAGACUUUUUGUUUUGUGCUUCCGUUGACCAAAGGCAUGCAAAGUUUGCUGACUUUCGCUUUAUAAUUAGUUUAAUUGUUAUUGAUUGUUUUUUUUUAUCAACUUGAGUGCUUUGCAUGUCGGCGGCCAAUCGGAACCUAUGGAACAAGGUUAAAUUAGUUAAUCGUUUCUUCUUUUACGAGCAGUUUUAUUUUAUUGUGCAAAUAUAUAGUGAUAUGGACUUUUAUUGGGCCGGAUAAGGUAGAUGUUUUGUUUCAAUGUUGCUGUCACCGUGCGAGGUUUAAACACAAGUUCGGUGUGUCGUCGUGGUGUACUCUUGAGUGCGUAGGUUCUUUUGAUUCGGGAGUGUUGAUUAAGUUGUUGCAUUGGAUUAAUCCGUAUCUGUUACCAAAGGGAAAGGAACGUCUUGGGUUUGAUUUACGUGUCGCUAAUAUCGCGGGGCGGGUUGGAAAUAUGUCGUCGACGCUGUUAGGGGCACUGUAGUGUUUAAUAUCGGUCUUUUUUUUUUCGUUAAACAUUUUUUAUUUGGUAUUACCGAACACGCUUUCAUUCAUUCACUGGUUUGGUAUCGGCUUUGUGCGUUUAAGAGUUCAACUUGUAUCCAAAAGGAAGCUGAGUCGGUUUGCUAAAAAGUGUAAACCUGAAACUGCGAAUUAAUUUUUAUUGACCACCGCAGUUACCAAAUUUUUCACUUCCGAUUUGACCGACAGUUUUAGUGAAAAAAAAAAAGAUAAUAAAAUAUACAGAUGGUCCAAAUUUUGUGACACAGAAGCAAAGCACACUAUGGUAAAAAAACAUUGAAAAUUAUGAAACUUUCUUAAACUGAUCAUUUGGGCCUGUUUACAGAGCUGUCUAAAAGGUAUAGUAAAAGUCUCUUCAAAAAAAUAAUCUCAUAUUAUUUUCAUAGAUAAAAUUUAAUAAAUCGAAAUUUUUUAAAUUACCUUUUACAAUUUUUAAAUGAGAGUUGUGGUAUUCGAAAUAAUUACAAUUUUCGAUACCUCUGCAGUUAAAAGCAAUACAUUAGUGCAUAAAUUAAUUAGUAGGCCCUGGGUGACAACUUCAAUUGUUUCGAACAAGUGACAGACGAGGAAUUUUUGUACACCUUUGAUGCAAUUUGUCCUUAAAAUUUUUGAUGGCAGUUCUGAUUUUCUAAAUAAUUACAAUUUUCAAUACCUGCAGUAAAAAGUAAUACAUUAGUACACAAAUUACUUACUAGGUAAUAUUUAGGCCGUGGGUGACAAUUUCAAUUUUUUCAAAUAAAUGAACUAUUUUUUAAACCUAUUGAUGCAAUCUAGUAGCAUACAAUUUGUCUGCUAUACAUUUUUAACGGCUGUUGUGAUUUUCGAAACAAUUACAAUUUUCAAUACCUCUGCAGCAAAAAGCAGUACAUUAGUGCACAAAUUAAUUAGUAAGCCCUGGGUGACAAUUUCAAUUGUUUCGGACAAAUGAAUGAACUAUUUUUUAAACUUUUUUAUGCAAUCUAGUACAAUUUGUCUGCUAUACAUUUUUAACGGCUGUUGUGAUUUUCGAAACAAUUACAAUUUUAGUAGGCUUUGGGUUACAAUUUCAAUUGUUUCAAAUAAAUUAAAGAUGAGCUGUUUUUAUAAAUUUUGCAAUCUAGCGGUAUGCAAUUUGUCUGCAAGAUCUGCUGUAAAUUUUUAAUGGGAGUUGUGUUUUUCAAAAUUAUUACAAUUUUCGAUACUUCUGCAGUAAAAACCAAUAUGUUAAUGCAUAAAUUAAUUACAUAGUAGGCCUUGGGUGAAAAUUUCAAUUGUUUCAAGUAAAUGACGGAUGAACUAUUUUUAUAAAUGUUCUUUUGAUGCAAUCUUAACGGUAUGCAAUUCGUGGUCGGGUUGAACCGGAAAAAAUAUUUUUCAACCUGUCUUUAGAACAGAAAACAGCAAUUUGGUAAAGAUAGUUUAUGCUUAACUGUCAUCACUUUGAAACAAUUUGAUGUCAAAUCUACAAAGCCUACUGAUUAAUUUAUGGACUAAUGUUUUUAUUUUUAUUUUUUUGUUAUUGCAGAAAUUUCGAUAAUCGUAAUUAUACCUCAUAUAAAAAAACUUAGUUGAGAUUUUUUUUGGACAUGACUAAAUACAAAAACAAUACAAGUAGUUAAGAAAAAACUAUUUUUUUAUAAAAGUGACCCCACUACCCCUACAUCUAUGCCACUGAUUAUUUUACGUUUUCAGUGAAAGGAACUUGUACUACACCUUCAAGUUUAUAAAGUGUUCAUUUUAAACCGUGCCAGAUUCGUUAGAAAUUCUUAAAUUUUAUUUUAGCAAUUUGCAGAGCCGUACUUUCAUAAACAGGCCCAGCUGACUAAAAAAGAAAAUGCUCAUAAUUUUCCAAUCUUAUCUAAUAUACUUUGCUACUUACAGUUAUGAAUCACCCUGUAUACAUAACUUAGUGAAUCGAAGAGGAAUUUUUUAAAACAAUUUUAUCUAUUUCAAGAGCACAAUUUUAAAAAUAAUUGAAAAUUUUCAUUUGUAGUUUUAGCUUUGUUAUUCCAUAGCAAAAUUUUAUAUUUAGUGUAAAAUUCUGGUCAAAACUGCUACCGUUUAAAAAUAUUUAAUUGAGAAAAAUGAUGUAAAGAGCUUUGGUUGGUUAUAAGUAUCAAAUAAGACAGUUUAAUUCUGACCUAAAACUUAAAACCUUGAGGAAAUAUUAACAUUUGGCAAAAUUAAUUGAAGAAAAAUAGUGAAUCGCGAGUCGAAGUUUAGCGUAUGGAUUAAAUUGUGUUAUUACAAGGCGAAGUUGGUUUCUUUGUAGUUUUCCACGUAUUAAUCUAAAUGUUAGUUUGUGUAACGUUAAAUUCAGCAAAUGCUUACUAUCGCUUUAAGACGGCGGUUCGUUCUUGUAUAAAUAGAAUCUAAGCAAAGACGAAUUGUUCUGGAAAGGGGAUUUAACAAAAUUGUUGUACAUAGAUUAUCGAACUGUCAUUUUGAAGGUGGUAACUGUUUUUCUCUGAUCAACACUAAUAUUUUCAGCGAUGGUUGAAUAUUGUUAAGACGUGGUUUGUAUUUUAUCAAAACGGUUGAUUUUUCUUGUAAAGUGCACACUUCCAUUGUACAUAGUUUUUGAGGCAUAAAAAAUGUGCAGAACGAUGUUUUGUAACCGGAAUGGUUUUCCUUUAACUUUUAAACGAUCAGUUGAUUAGAUACAAACUGUUUACAUAUUAUUAUUAUUAUAUUACUUAAGUAAUGCCGUGUGGCAAUGUCUAAUAAAUCUAUUAUUAAAUG